CUAACAUUCAUCGUUUUGCCUUGCGUCGUCACGGCGGCUAGUGCUUUAUCGGGAUGAGAUUGUACUGCCUCAGCGGUGACUUAGCAAAACCAUGCUACAUCAUCACAUUCAAGGGACUCCGCAUAAUGCUGGACUGCGGCUUGACAGAGCAAACAGUUUUAAACUUCCUGCCAUUACCCUUCGUCCAAAGCCUGAAGCUUUCUAAUCUGCCGAACUUUGUGCCCAGCAGCGACCAUGAUCCUCAAAUGGAUGGUGAACUCAAGGAGUGCUGCGGCCGAGUGUUUGUGGACUCGGUGCCGGAGUUCAAUUUGCCGAUGGAUAAAAUGCUCGAUUUUAGUGAAUUAGAUGUCAUACUUAUCUCAAACUAUCUAAACAUGCUGGCCCUGCCGUACAUUACGGAGAACACGGGCUUCAAAGGCAAGGUCUACGCAACGGAGCCAACGCUACAGAUUGGCCGAUUUUUUCUCGAAGAGCUGGUGGAUUACAUUGAAGUGUCGCCAAAGGCCUGCACGGCACGUCUGUGGAAGGAGAAGCUUCAUUUGCUGCCCAGCCCAUUGAACGAAGCCUUUCGUGCAAAGAAGUGGCGCACUAUUUUCAGUCUAAAGGAUGUCCAGGGAAGUCUAUCUAAAGUGACCAUCAUGGGUUAUGAUGAGAAAUUGGAUAUACUGGGCGCCUUUAUAGCAACUCCCGUCAGUUCUGGCUACUGUCUGGGCUCCAGCAAUUGGGUGCUGAGUACUGCGCAUGAGAAGAUUUGCUACGUGAGCGGCUCCUCGACGUUAACAACGCACCCGCGUCCCAUCAAUCAGUCGGCACUCAAGCAUGCCGAUGUACUGAUUAUGACCGGCUUAACGCAGGCGCCAACAGUUAAUCCAGACACAAAGCUGGGCGAAUUGUGCAUGAACGUGGCACUGACGAUACGUAACAACGGCUCAGCUCUGAUACCAUGUUACCCAUCGGGCGUGGUCUACGACUUGUUUGAGUGCCUUACGCAGAAUCUAGAGAAUGCCGGUCUCAACAAUGUGCCCAUGUUCUUCAUAUCGCCAGUGGCGGACAGUUCGCUGGCAUACUCCAACAUUUUGGCCGAAUGGCUGAGCUCGGCCAAGCAGAACAAAGUGUAUCUGCCCGAUGACCCCUUUCCGCACGCCUUCUACCUGCGCAAUUCCAAGCUGAAGCACUAUAACCAUGUCUUCUCUGAGGGCUUCAGCAAGGACUUCAGACAGCCCUGUGUUGUGUUUUGCGGUCAUCCUAGCCUGCGUUUCGGUGAUGCUGUGCAUUUCAUUGAAAUGUGGGGUAAUAAUCCAAACAACUCGAUUAUAUUUACGGAACCUGAUUUUCCAUACCUGCAAGUAUUGGCGCCAUUCCAGCCGCUGGCUAUGAAAGCCUUUUACUGUCCCAUCGACACCUCACUGAACUACCAGCAGGCCAACAAGCUGAUCAAGGAGCUAAAGCCCAAUGUGCUGGUUAUACCGGAAGCAUACACAAAGCCACAUCCCGCGGCGGCCAAUCUGUUUAUUGAACAGCCGGACAAGAAAAUCAUUACCUUCAAAUGCGGAGAGAUCAUCAGGUUGCCACUAAAACGCAAGCUGGAUCGCAUUUACAUUGCCUCAGAACUCGCACAGAAGAUAUUGGCACGUGAGGUUGUGGCUGGUGUCUCGCUAUCCACACUCACGGGUGUGCUGCAGGUGAAAGACAAGGUGCACUGCAUCCAGCCGUGUGCAGACAGCAUCAAAGAUGAGCCCACUACAAGCAGCGGUGGCCUGAGCGCUGCGCCCUCCAAAGAGGAUGUGCUUAAGAAUGUCAAAUAUGAGUAUGGCAGCAUCGAUGUGGACGCACUGAUGAAGCGUUUGGCUCAGGAUGGUUUCUCAAACAUCAAAAUGGAUCGCAGCGGCGGCAAUCUCACGCUGCAGCUGAUCAAUGAAGACACCACGAUCAAGUUCGAGGACAAUGAAACUCACAUUAUAUGUGGCGGCAAGCCAACGACGCGUCUCAAAGUACGCGACACGCUGCUAAAGUGCUUACAGAGUUUCUAGAAAUCUUUAAAUAUAAAAUGUAUUACCUUUUA